AUGGAAGAACUGCUUAGAUUCUAUGGACUGGAAACAGAUGAUGCAAUAUUGGCUGAAAAAAAGCAUAUGAGUAUUUAUAAUGAAGUGAUGAAAAGACCUGACGUAAGAUACGUUGCUGGAGGAUCUGGGUUGAAUACAGUCAAAAUGAUUCAGUGGAUACUGAAAAACCCAUUCUCAUGUUCAUUUGUGGGAUGUGUAGGUGAGGACCAGAUGGGCAGACGUAUUGAAAAUGAAUGUCAAGCUUUGGGACUGAUAACAGAAUUUCAAGUCACAAAGAAAUCUCUAGAAACUGGGAAAGUAGCAGUUCUAAUCAACAAGAAAAACCGUAGUAUGGUUACUCAUUUAGGGGCAGCAUGUGAUCUUUCUUUGGAUCAUAUUAAACAGCCACAUGUUUGGAAACUCGUGGAGAGAGCACAUUUUUACUAUAUUACAGGUUAUGUAAUAUCUUCUUGUUAUGAAGGUAUGCUUGAAGUGGCUAAACAUGCAUUGGCUUCCAGAAAAAUGUUCUGCUUCAAUUUGAGUGCUCCUUUUUUGCCACAAUUCAAAACUCAAGAAGUGGAUGAAAUGAUAGCAUACGCAAACAUUGUUUUUGGAAAUCAUUCCGAAGCACUAGCGUAUGGAGAAGCCCAUAACCUUUCUCACUCAACAGCGCAUGGAAUAGCUCAGUACAUAGCCAGCAGACCAUUUUCGGCUGAAGGAAAAAGCAAUCGUUUAGUCAUCAUUACACAGGGCAAAGAUGCCGUCGUGUAUGUUGAAUCUUCUGAUUUAAAGGUCAAUGAAUUCCCAGUCAAACAGCUGGAUGCCUAUCGGAUUGUGGACACAAAUGGUGCUGGAGAUGCUUUUGUCGCUGGUUUCAUUGCGGAGUAUAUACAAACCAAGUCAGUCGUUCACUCACUUGAAUCUGCCUUGAAAGCCGCCACUUAUAUUAUAUGUAGAUCUGGCUUUUCUCUGGGUCACAGAGAUACGUACGCAUAA